AUGAACACUCUACCUCUUCCUCCAGAUACCAGAGAGAGGGCACCAAGAGUCAAGAACAGGGCCCCUGCUCCUAUCCAAAUCACCUCUGAACAACUGCUUCGUGAGGCUCAAGAGAGACAAGAACGUUCUUUUACUGCUCCUAAACAACGAAUUCAAGAUCUUGAAGAACUCUCCGAGUUUCAGGGGAGGAAGAGGAAUGAAUUUGAGGGAAGGAUUAGAUAUUCUCGCGAUGAUUUUAGAGCAUGGAUCAAAUAUGCUCAAUGGGAAGCUAGCCAGAAUGAGUUUGAACGUGCUAGAUCCGUUUUUGAAAGGGCUAUGGACAUAGAUCCUCGAAAUGUAGACAUUUGGAUCAAGUAUACGGAUAUGGAGUUGAAAGCGAGAAAUAUCAAUCAUGCUAGGAAUUUGUAUGAUAGGGCUAUCACUUUACUACCUCGUGUGGAUGCGUUGUGGUACAAAUACGUUUACCUCGAAGAACUCCUUCUCAAUAUAGCUGGAGCUAGACAAAUUUUUGAAAGAUGGAUGCAAUGGGAACCAAAUGACAAGGCGUGGCAAAGUUACAUCAAGCUCGAAGAACGGUACAACGAGCUUGAUCGUGCUUCAGCAAUAUACGAGAGAUGGAUCGGAGUCCGACCCAUCCCUAAAAACUGGGUGACAUGGGCUAAAUUCGAAGAAGACAGAGGGAAGCCAGAUAAAGCUCGCGAGGUUUUUCAAACUGCUCUUGAGUUCUUUGGAGAUGAGGAGGAACAGGUCGAGAAGGCUCAGGCUGUCUUUGCUGCCUUUGCCAGGAUGGAGACUAGAUUGAAAGAGUUUGAUCGAGCCAGGGUGAUCUACAAAUUCGCAUUAGCCAGAUUACCACGGUCCAAGUCUGCCACUCUCUACACCGCAUACACCAAAUUCGAGAAACAGCACGGUGAUCGCUCAGGAGUGGAACUGACCGUGCUCGGUAAGAGAAGAAUACAAUACGAAGAAGAAUUGGCCUACGACGGAACAAACUAUGACGCUUGGUUCUCCCUCGCUCGACUGGAAGAGGAUGCCUACCGAGCCGAGAAGGAAGAUGGGGAGAAUGCCGAUCCUUCCCGAGUGAGAGAAGUGUAUGAGCGAGCAGUAGCAAAUGUUCCACCUGCGACUGAGAAGAGAUAUUGGCGGAGAUACAUCUUCCUAUGGCUUCAAUACGCCGCUUUUGAAGAAAUAGACAUCAAAGACUAUGAUCGAGCUAGAGAUGUAUACAAAGCCGCUAUCAAACUUGUCCCACAUCGAACUUUCACCUUCGCCAAGUUAUGGUUACAAUACGCUUAUUUCGAAAUUCGUCAACAUGAUGUCAACGCCGCACGUAAAGUCCUCGGUGCGGGUAUCGGUAUGUGUCCCAAACCUAAACUUUUCUCAGGUUAUAUCGAACUCGAAAUGCGGUUGCGCGAAUUUGAUCGUGUUCGUACAUUAUACGAAAAGUUCUUGACUUACGACCCAUCUUUGAGUUCAGCAUGGAUCCAAUGGACACAAGUGGAAUCUGCCGUGGAAGACUUUGAACGUGUUCGAGCUAUAUUUGAACUUGCUGUGAAUCAAGCUUUAGAUAUGCCCGAAAUAGUUUGGAAAGCUUAUAUCGAUUUCGAAGCUGGAGAAGGAGAAAGAGAGAGGGCCAGACAUCUAUAUGAGAGAUUGUUGGAGAGGACGUCACAUGUUAAGGUGUAUAUAUCUUAUGCGCUCAUGGAAGUUUCAGCUUUGGGUGGUGGGGAGGAUGAAGAUGGGAAUGAGAUUGAAGGAGAGGUCGGGGAUGCGGAUAUGGCUAGGGCUGUGUUUGAGAGAGGGUAUAAGGAUCUUCGUUCCAGGGGAGAAAAGGAAGAUCGCGCUCUAUUAUUGGAAGCUUGGAAAGCGUUCGAGGAGCGACAUGGUUCAGACGAAGAAAGGGCAAAAGUGGAGGAAAUGUUGCCUGUCACUCGGAAACGAUGGCGCAGGGCGGAAGAUGCAAGUGGGAAUUUGGAAGAAUAUUGGGAUCUCGUCUUCCCAGACGACGAGAAGGAUGCUAAUCCUGCCACUCAUAAAUUCUUCCAAGCUGCUCAAGCUUGGGCAGCCCAACGGAAUGGAGUCGCCAGUGGCGGAUUAUCGUACGACUUACCUGAUUCCGAUGAAGAGGACGAGGACGAGGAUGAGCAGGAAAAGGAAGAAGAUGCCGAUGGAAGUGAGGGACAGGCUGGAGAGAAAGUAUCAGCUGCUGAUGAUGCUCAUUCGGACAAGAUGGAUCAAGAUGAGUGAAGGUGUCAUCUUUUUGAGAGGUAGACAUCUUUAUGCAUGGUACAGGUAUUC